AGGGCGGGGUGUAGAGGGGAGGAGCCGGGAGGACAGACCCAGGGAGCUGGGAGUCUGGAUCUUCACUUCGGGGCAAGUUGGGAGGACGUCUGCCUCGUGUCCGGUCGGCAGCUGCAGCCUGGAGAGCCAGAUGCAGAACCUGAGGAGGAGCGCUCGGUGACUGCAGAGCCGGGGCCCGAGCUCAUCCGUCCCCGGCCACAGGGCUCCUCGCCUGUCUACGAGUGCGUGACUGAGGGUGCCGGCUUCAGACUCCCGUUCAAGAUGCCGUCCUUCGGCGUGUCGGCGCCCAGCAAGGCCGUCGAGGCCGCCGUGGACGUGUCCCUGCCCAAGGCCCAGGCCGAGGUGACCCUGCCCUCGGUGCAGGCCGACGUCAAGCCCAGUGAGGUCCGCGUGGAGCUGCCCUCGGCCGAGCUGGAGGUCAAGGCCGCCGAGGUGGGCGUCAAGCUGCCGGAGGGCCACCUGCCCGAAGCCGAGCUCAAGGAAGGGGCGGCGGGAGUCGGAAUCAAGGCCCACCUGCCCAAGGUGCAGAUGCCCAGCGUCAAGCUGCCCAAGGUGGACAUCAAGGCCCCGCAGGUGGACAUCAAGGGGCCCAAGCUGGACCUGAAGGGCGCCAAGGCCGAGGUGGCCGCCCCCGACGAGGAGGUGUCGCUGCCCAGCGUGGAGGUGGACACCCAGGCCCCGGGCGCCAAGCUGGAGGGCGACCUGUCCCUGCGGGACAAGGAGGUGGCCGCCAGAGACAGCAAGUUCAAAAUGCCCAAGUUCAAGAUGCCGUCCUUCGGCGUGUCGGCGCCCAGCAAGGCCGUCGAGGCCGCCGUGGACGUGUCCCUGCCCAAGGCCCAGGCCGAGGUGACCCUGCCCUCGGUGCAGGCCGACGUCAAGCCCAGUGAGGUCCGCGUGGAGCUGCCCUCGGCCGAGCUGGAGGUCAAGGCCGCCGAGGUGGGCGUCAAGCUGCCGGAGGGCCACCUGCCCGAAGCCGAGCUCAAGGAAGGGGCGGCGGGAGUCGGAAUCAAGGCCCACCUGCCCAAGGUGCAGAUGCCCAGCGUCAAGCUGCCCAAGGUGGACAUCAAGGCCCCGCAGGUGGACAUCAAGGGGCCCAAGCUGGACCUGAAGGGCGCCAAGGCCGAGGUGGCCGCCCCCGACGAGGAGGUGUCGCUGCCCAGCGUGGAGGUGGACACCCAGGCCCCGGGCGCCAAGCUGGAGGGCGACCUGUCCCUGCGGGACAAGGAGGUGGCCGCCAGAGACAGCAAGUUCAAAAUGCCCAAGUUCAAGAUGCCGUCCUUCGGCGUGUCGGCGCCCAGCAAGGCCGUCGAGGCCGCCGUGGACGUGUCCCUGCCCAAGGCCCAGGCCGAGGUGACCCUGCCCUCGGUGCAGGCCGACGUCAAGCCCAGUGAGGUCCGCGUGGAGCUGCCCUCGGCCGAGCUGGAGGUCAAGGCCGCCGAGGUGGGCGUCAAGCUGCCGGAGGGCCACCUGCCCGAAGCCGAGCUCAAGGAAGGGGCGGCGGGAGUCGGAAUCAAGGCCCACCUGCCCAAGGUGCAGAUGCCCAGCGUCAAGCUGCCCAAGGUGGACAUCAAGGCCCCGCAGGUGGACAUCAAGGGGCCCAAGCUGGACCUGAAGGGCGCCAAGGCCGAGGUGGCCGCCCCCGACGAGGAGGUGUCGCUGCCCAGCGUGGAGGUGGACACCCAGGCCCCGGGCGCCAAGCUGGAGGGCGACCUGUCCCUGGGGGACAAGGAGGUGGCCGCCAGAGGCCGCACACUGAGAACUGAGGAUGAUGUUAUAAUCCAUGUCAUGAAACCGCAUUUUAAGUUUCCAAGGUUGUUUUCUUCACCAGGGAAAUCUUUGAGAAGUUCUACACUUGUUGAAGGUGAUCCUCACCUUUCUUUGCCCCCAAUUGUGUCUGAUGUGGAUCCCUCGUUGCCGGAUAUUUCUAGCCAUAAACUGUCCCUGCCGUGUCCCCGCGUGGGUUGGACUGGUGCUUCCUCAGGCAGCCUUGAUGUCAGCAGUUCUCACGCUGAGUCCUCGUCCGUCUCUCCGGAGGCAGUCACUCUCAUCAAGUACCAGAUGACUGUUUCUGACGCCCCACAUUUCCCUCCAGAAAUCCCCUCGUGUUCCCAGGAGGAUAGAGAAAUUCCUGCCACUUUGCCCCCUGACGAGAGCUUUCCAUGCCCAGCUGAUGAGAGUCCUGCCAGCCCUGUGGACCCCCUAUUUCUUGCAUCUUAUGGUCGGGUGACUUUUCCUAAGUUUCAUCGACCAAAGUUCGGGUUUUCUAGCCCAGAAGCAGCAGAUUCUGUGGUGGAUGUUCGGGCCGCCGAGCGCCCCCCUUCCCUGUGCCUCCCCAGCAAUGCUCAGGGGCUGGACUCUUCCCACAGCCUGCCCUUGGCAGACCGCAGCCAAGGGCACGGGUCUGGGGAUGUCUCAGCCGGCCUGCCUCAUGGCGAGAGGACGGCCCAGUCACCAGGAGACCCCCUCCAGUUGUCGUGCAGAGCUUCAGGUGUGGACGCCCUAACGGAGAGGAGCACAGCCACUCCGGGGAGCUGGUUCAGGAUGCCUGCCCUCCACUUGCCCAUCAUCCGGCGCCCCGCCAGGGAGAAGGGGAUGUCUGGGGCUCCGAGUCCCCCGCCUGCCGCCCAUGCAUUGGGGGAAGAAGGGCCAGCUCCCAUCAAGGCUCAGGGGCCUCUGGGGUCAGAGGUGGAGGUGCCUGAGCCCCUGGAGCCAGCUGAGAAGAGCGUGUCCCAUGUGGGCGUGCUAAAGAUAAACCUAGACGGCAGAGGCUCAACGCCGCACCCGCCUCCUCCAGGGGCACCCCCUGCGGGCCUGUCCACUUCCGAGGUCAGGGUCCGCCCGGGCGAAGGCUCCCUUCCGCUUCGGAUGUCCAGCGGGGCACUUUUGGAAACCGAAGCUCCUCCUGCUGGGCCUGCAGGCCUGGACCUCGCCAGGGGAGAGGGGAGGACGGAGAGGUGGUCCUCCCAACCUGAAGGCCCCGUUAAACUGAAGGUGUCCAGCACUGACGGGCCAUCCCAGGUUUCUGUGGUCAGUGUGGGUCAGCCCUGGGAGGGCUCCGUGGUAACUGUCAAACUGCCGAGGCUGAGCAUGCCGAGGUUUGCCUUCCCUGACCCCGGAUCGGAGGCGGACGUCUUCAUCCCUGCCGUGCGGGAGGUGCAGUGCACGGGGAGCAGCCUGGAUGACGCCUUGCGCACAGAAAGCGUGGGAGCUUGGGGUGCCAGCAUCCUGAAGGCCGGCCCUGGGACCCCUGGGGAGCAGCCUGUGGCCUUUGACCUCUCCCCGGAAGCUUCCAGGGUCCGAGUGCACAUUCACGGCGCUCAGGGAGAGGGUACCAGGGUCGGCAUACAUGGCGGGGUGAUGGCAGAGCCAGCCGACCGCUCGGGACCCGAGGCCGUUUCCACCCAGAUUGUGCGGGAAUCAGAGAUACCUACAUCCGAGAUCCAAACGGCUUCCUACGGAUUUUCAUUGCUGAAAGUGAAGAUCCCUGAGCCCUCCACGCAGGGGAGGGUCCAAGACUCCCGACUGACAGGGGGCUUGCAGGAGGCUUCUGAAGACGCUGCCCCUGGAACAGACCCUGUUUCUGGAGACCUGCAGCCAGACACCGGAGAACCAUUUGAAGUGAUCUCGUCCGGUGUCAGCGUACCCAGAGGGCCAGCACUCACCACCAACCUGCACUCUAGCCACCCGGGUACGGACAGCUGCUCUGAUGAGGAGCCCGCAGAGAUCCUCGAAUUUCCCCCAGAAGAGGACAGCGAGGAGGCAGCCGCGGGCCUGGCCGAAGGAGACCAGGCUCCAAAAGAGAAGCCAGAAGGUAAGAGGUCUUCCGGUCUGUUCCGGUUUUGGCUUCCCAGCAUCGGUUUCUCUUCUUCCUCCGAAGAGACAGGUGCCGACUCCAAAGAUGAAGCCCACGGGCCGGCCCCCGCCCAGACCCCGCCUGAGGCAGAGCCUCCCAAGAAACCCGAGAAGGCCGGCUGGUUCCGAUUUCCCAAAUUAGGGUUCUCCUCCUCCCCGACCAAGAAAAGCAAGACCUUGGAGGAAGAGGCGGCUCCGGCAGAGCAAAAGCUCCAGGAAGAAGCCGCCACCUUCUUUGAUGCUCGCGAGAGCUUCUCCCCCGAGGACAGGGAGGAGACGGUCCCAGGCUCUGGGGCCAUGGUCACGUCCAGGGCCAGGACGGAGCUCAUCCUGCUGGAGCCGGACCCGGGGGCCCUGGACAAGCCUGCGCCCGGGCCCGCUGCCCAGUGAGGACAGAAGGGGAGGCUGUGCCCCGUGCCCCGCAUGUGGACGCGAGUCUCCGCCGUGACCCCCAGAGCGGAGGAUGAAGCGGAGCCGGCUGCAAGCAGAGGGGCCCCUGCCCCUGGCCCUCCCGAAGCUGCCUCCCAAAGCUUCAGGAGGGUCCCAGGCUCCUGAGGGGCUUUAUUAGACACAUGUUACUCGAGACCCCUGCCUACAAGCCCCUCGAAGACAUGGUUGCUGCUUCCUGGUGAAGGCUGUUUCCCUGUUUCUGGCAGAGUCUGCCACAGUCCAAGAGACCCUCUCCCUGCCCGCUUAGAACCAGCCCACUCUUCACAGGCCGUCUCGCCAAGGCAAGCCUGGGAUGCUUUGAGUGAUGCUGCCCACGCCGGGCUGGGGGCAGCAGGCCACCGAGGUGGCCUAGGCAUCCGUCCAUGAGUUCCCACCAGAUGUCCGUGGGCGUCCACUUGCCCGCCAGUGCCCUCUCCGGCAUGCGUGGCCCCCAGCCCCUCAGUGUGCCUGAAGAUGGGACCCACUUGGCUGCUCCCUGGACACCGAACGGGCAAUAAAUAAAGCGCUGCCGCCUCCC